CAAGAUGCCUGGGCUCCACCACCGUACUCCGCGCAGAACGUGGCCGACCCCGUCAGCACGGACUCACCGUACGCGUUUCUGCGCGAAUUCGACACCAUCUUCCUCGUCGACGACAGCACCAGCAUGGCCGGCAGCCGGUGGCGCGAGGCCGAAGACGCCAUCGCAGCCAUCGCGCCAAUCUGCACGCAGUACGACGGCGACGGCAUCGACAUUUACUUCCUGAACCACAAGAGCCCGGCCCGGGGGCCCGCCGGCGGCGGGUACAACCAUGUCUGCGAUGCCCGUGGCGUGCGGGAGAUCUUCCAGAGCGUGCAGCCGCGGGGCGCCACCCCUGUCGGGAGACGACUGCACCAGAUCCUGGGGCCCUACAUGCGGGAUCUGGAGAGGCUGGCGGCGCGGGGCGAGGAAGCCGCCUCGGUGAAGCCGCUGAAUAUCAUCGUGAUUACCGAUGGCGUGUUUACCGACGAUGCCGAGAGCGUCGUGGUGCAGGUGGCCAGGCAGCUGGAUUUGCCUGGUCUCCAGACCGUCCCGUGGCAGGUGGGCAUCCAGUUCUUCCAGGUUGGAGAUGACCCGGCCGCGAGCUUGUAUCUCCAGACGUUGGAUGAUGAGUUGGAGAAGCGCACGGGGAAUGACGGGCUCCGCGAUAUUGUCGAUACCGUGCCCUGGCGAGGCGACCGCGGGAGGUGUUUGGAUGCCGACGGGAUUCUCAAGUGUGUGCUUGGUGCCGUGAAUCGAAAGUAUGAUAAACGGGAGGCGUCU